UCCUCCCCAGGUUGUUGUUUGCUCUUCUCCCUGUCUCGCCUUCUCUCCAGCCUCCAUUCAACGGGCUCCAUCCCCUUCUCUCUGGAGCCCUCUAUCCUUUAUUCUUCCUUAGAUAUCAUUAUUCAUAUAGUGCCUUGUUUCGCUCACCAUGCGCAUUGACUCCGCGGCGCUACAUCUGGUCCCAGUCCUCCUGGGCCAGGUCGGUGCUUUACAAUUACCCUUGGUCCAAGACUCCAAUUCACAGUGGCAGAAACCAAAUGCAGGUGAUAAACCCCUAAUUAGCUCUCCGUUGCUUCAAGAGCAGGUCAAGGCGGAGAAUCUGUUGGACAGGGCCCGGCAGCUUUACAAGAUUGCGGAGCUGGGAGAAGACGAGUAUAACCACCCCACUCGCGUCAUUGGCAGUAAAGGUCACCUUGGCACGCUCGACUACAUAUACUCCACCCUUACCGACCUCGGUGAUUAUUAUACUGUCGUCAAUCAGUCCUUCCCUGCCGUAAGCGGUAAUGUCUUCGAGUCUCGCCUUGUCCUUGGUCACGAUGUUCCCAAGUCAGCUACACCAAUGGGUCUCACUCCUCCAACGAGGAAUAAGGAGCCGGUAUAUGGCUCUCUGGUUGCUGUAUCCAACCUCGGGUGUGAGGCCUCGGACUACCCGUCCAACUUGAAAGGCGCCGUUGCAUUUAUCAGUCGGGGAAGCUGUCCGUUCGGGACCAAGUCUCAAUUAGCUGGUAAAGCGGGAGCUGUUGCUGCCGUCAUCUACAACAACGAGCGGGGUGACCUAAGCGGAACUCUAGGAAACCCAACCCCCGAUCAUGUUGCUACCUUUGGUAUCUCAGACGAGGAUGCUGCCCCAGUCCUGGAGAAGUUGAAUAAAGGCGAGAAGGUGGACGCUAUCGCCUACGUUGAUGCCAUAGUAGAGACCAUCCACACCACCAAUAUCAUCGCGCAGACCACGGAUGGUGACCCGAACAAUUGUGUAAUGCUGGGUGGCCACAGUGACAGCGUGGCCGAGGGCCCGGGUAUCAAUGACGACGGGUCUGGUACUCUGACCCUUUUGGAGCUUGCCACAUUGCUCACCCAGUUCCGUGUCAACAACUGCGUGCGAUUUGCUUGGUGGGCCGCCGAGGAGGAAGGCCUUCUCGGAUCUGACUAUUACGUGUCCGUUCUCACCCCGGAAGAGAACCGCAAGAUCCGCUUGUUCAUGGACUACGACAUGCUCGGCUCGCCCAACUUUGCGUACCAAGUUUACAAUGCCACUAAUGCUGUGAACCCCGAGGGAUCUGAGGAGCUUCGUGAUCUGUACACCGACUUUUACGAAGAUCAUGGGUUCAACUACACGUACAUUCCGUUUGACGGACGCAGCGACUAUGAUGCCUUCAUUCGGCAUGGUAUUCCGGGUGGUGGCAUUGCCACGGGAGCAGAGGGUAUCAAGACUGUCGAGGAAGCGGACAUGUUUGGUGGGGUUGCUGGCCAAUGGUAUGACCCGUGUUACCAUCAGAUCUGCGAUACGGUGGCCAAUGUGAACUUGACUGCGUGGGAGUGGAACACCAAGCUCGUUGCCCACUCCAUUGCGACUUACGCCAAGUCCUUUGACGGAUUCCCGGAACGGUCCGAUGAACCCAUCAGCCCUGCUGCUUUUGAGGAACCGAAGUACCAUGGCCACGCGUUGCAAUUGUAAGAUCCGUGUGCCCCAAAGCUUGGUAGUGGGGCAAAUAUCUGUAGCAGAGACCAAGUCCUUUCUCGAACCUGAGCCCCACUUGGUCUUUCCAUCUUUUGAGUUGAACAAGUAGACCGUUACUCGUCAUGUAGACGAAGACCUGGCAGAACCGUUGUAUUUUGUAGACAUUUAUGGGGGAAUUGUCUGUUAUGAAUUCAUGUGCUUGUGGGAUAUGGUUAGGUAUUUCUCGCAAAUGACCUCGGCUUCCUCUAUCAUUUCCCGCCUCGCACCCUCAUACCGAUUUCCGUUAACUUAAUAUCAUCUGUAGUCUUCGCGGUAAUACUACAGGGACCCAGGGUGUCCUGUGGGGAGCCCAAAUCCAGAAUGGAACAGCUGCAUCGGUGCUUAAUCUAUUGUCCAUACAACGCAGAGGCACUUUCAGUCUAAGCUAAAAGGAGGCAUUAUUCAGAGAUAGAGUGAGUGUCAAUAUGCCGUUGAUUCAUGCGAG